AUGGAUCCGAGUGCUAUGCCAAAGAUGUACAAGUUAAUUUAUAUGUAUACAUUUGAUCACAUCAAUGCUAUAAUGCAAGACAUGCACCAGUGUCAGACUGAUAGGACUGAAAAGUUUAAAAUCCAUUUUAGUGAAAGAUAUGGUUGUAUUGUGAAAAAAAAUCUGGCCCCCAAUGCCUGUAGGAAUUGGCUACUUUUGGGAGAUCCCAUUGACAGACUGUUACAAACUUUUAAUGAACAUAUCAGAAAAAAUGUUACUGAAAUUUUAAAUUGUGGACAUUCAGACUUCAAAAUACAUAUUACUGACUUGUCUUUAUGUUUCCAUAAAAUAUAUCCUAGCCGACAGUGUAAUGAGGUGCUUAAUAUGUUCAAAGUCUUGAAGUAUAUAAGCCCAUCAUCUCUGAAAACACUGGUUCUACAGUAUGAAGCAGAUUGUGUCCAUUCGGAUGCAUAUAAUAUCAUAGAAGAUGAAUUAUAUGAAUUAUAUGACAUGAUCAGUGUUCUAGAAGACAUGAGUGGUAACAAACUACCAGUUUGGUGUAAUCUGUGGUCUGGUGAAUGCUCAAAUCUUAAAGAAGUGAAGUUGAAAAAUAUAUGCCUUACAUACGAACAGAUGGAAAGGCUUCUACUGAUACAUUCAUCAAAUCUUGAGAUUAUCAUUCUUGAUAAUGUUGUAUGUUGCUCCCACAAGACAAUCUCCGAAAGGUGUACAGAUAUACUGAUAGGUUUAGAAAAGGCUGGCUUUUCAGAAACGCAAAUCAUUGAAAAAAUCAAAGGUGAACACUUUGAACAUGUAGGUUUUUCAGAAAUUAAACUGUCUACAACUUUUGUCAUCCUGAAAGAAUUAACAUUGGCAGAUAUAUAUGGAGUAUUAACACACUCACAGAUAACACAUAUGCUGACAGAUUCUCCCAGCCUUCAGAGUGUUUCCCUUCACAAAGUUCACUGUAAGGAAGAUGAGUAUUGUGGAUGUGGGAAAGCUGUCACUGAUGUAGGGAGUGAGGAUGCUUUUCAUAAAGACACAUCAACUGCUUCGUCAGUUGAAGAGCUAAGCAUUAAGUAUAGUAGUGGCAUUGUGUGUCAUAUAAACAGUUAUCCCAAGUUGACAGAAUUAACAUUGGAAGAUAUUGAUGGAGUAUUAACACACUCACAGAUAACACAUAUGCUGACAGAUUCUCCCAGCCUUCAGAGUGUUUCCCUUCACAAAGUUCACUGUAAGGAAGAUGAGUAUUGUGGAUGUGGGAAAGCUGUCACUGAUGUAGGGAGUGAGGAUGCUUCUUGUAAAAACACAUCAACUGCUUCGUCAGUUGAAGAGCUAAGCAUUAAGUAUAGUAGUGGCAUUGUGUGUCAUAUAAACAGUUAUCCCGAGUUGAAAGAAUUAACAUUGAAAGAUAUUGACAAAGAAUUAACACACUCACAGAUAACACAUAUGCUGACAGAUUCUCCCAGUCUGCAGAGGGUUUCCAUUGACAUCAAUGUUCACUGUAAGAAAGAUAAGUAUUGUGGAUGUUGGAAAGCUGGCACUGAUGAAGAGAAUGGGGAUGCUUUUUGUAAAAGCACAUCAACUGCUUCAUCAGUUGAACAGCUAGGCAUUGAGCAUAGUAGUAGAAUUGUGUGUCAUACAAACAGUUAUCCCAAUUUGACAGAAUUAACAUGGAAAUAUACAAUUGGAGUAUUAACACAUGUGAGUAUUUGCAGCAAACUAAGUGCGCUACGUGUUGUUAAACUUGAUAGCAUAGAGAUUGGUCAUUCACAUAUCACAUGGUUACUUACUUCACCCAAUCUUGAAAUUGCUGACCUUUCUGAAGUAGUUUGUACAGCCGACAGUAUGUGUGGGUGCUACACCCAGCCUAGUACAUUGGAUUUAGACCUUGGAACAAAAUGUUUUGAAUCUAGACUAAAAGAAGUUACUUUAUGUGGAGGAAAGGAAAUUUUUAAACAUGUUAGUAACUUGUUGGAAUUAAGGACACUGUAUUUUGAAGGUAAAAUAGAGAAAAUUGAUAAUAUUUUUCUAACAGGCCAUAGUCUUGAAAAAGUGGUGUUUAAGGACAAAGAAAACUUUUUUGACAUGCCUGAUUAUCCAAUUGAACCUGAGUACGAAAGUUGUGAAAUUUCACAAGAAUUGUUGUUAAGAUUUUUAAACAGUAUUUCAAAUAGUCAUUUAGUUAUACUAAAUAAAGUUGUUUUGACUGAAGGAGAUGCAGAUUAUGUCUAUGAAACAGUGAGUAAAAUGAAAAAUAUGCAUGUACAGGAGUUCACCAAAUGGAAGUUGCUAGCGAGAACCAGAAUUUGACGAGAUCUCAGAUUUUGAAUUAGUUGAAACAGCUUCAAAAGCAAACAUUGUUUCAAUGAUAAUUCAGAAGAAACAGCAGGAUUUAAAGGACAAAGAUGAAUCUGACUGAAUUAUAAACCAGGUGCAUUUUGUUUAGCAACAAAGUGACUAGGAGGCAUGGACUUUAAAGACAAAACAGCAGUAAUCUACCAGUUCUUGCAAAAUUUUGUCAAAUAUAUUUUCAAACUUGGAUUUUAAUAGGCUUUAGCUCAUCUGAGCACUUUGUGCUCAUGGUUAGCAUUUAGGAUCGUUGGCUUUUUUCAUCCACAGUUCUUGUUUAAAGAAAAUAUCAGUCUAAACCAUCAAGCUAAUUUCAAAAAAAUUUCAGUGGAAUGUUCCUGAAGUGGUCCCCUUUGUGAUUUUAUUAAAGCUAGAUCAUCCAUUCAAAAGUCUUCUGCCCAGAAACUGCAGGCCUUGGUUCAAAGAAUUUCACAGUAAUGUUCAUUGGAAAUUCCAAACAGAUUCCUUCAUAUUGAUUUGUUUGAUAAAAAUAUGCCCAUCAGGUUAGUGGGGCAGUUUUCCAUAUUAUAACUACAGUAGGAAAUUUAUGGAUUUUCUUGCCCAAUAUUAAUUACUUCAGAGAUAUUUGUUUGGUGGACUGAUAAUUUCUUCAGAUCCUUCCCAUACAUUAAAAAGGUCACCAGGGACAGCUUGGUUUUCUGUAAGCAUUAAAUCUCUGACAUAGUGAUCUUGGAUAUAGUGAAAACUUUGACCUUAAUUAUUUUUUUUAUUCCUGGAUUGUUUGUCUUCUUUAUUCCUUAUAAAAGCCUCGUUACGGUGAACACUUUUAUAGUAAAAACUAAGCUUUAAGAAACAGUUUUGGUUGGAAAGCAGUAAUUUAUGCAGAAAAAUAAAUUGUUAUAACGAGCAGUUUCAGAUGCUUUAUUUGUAUCAUUUCACAUGAAUAUUUGUUUAUUGCAUGUAUCAGCAGUUAGAAUUGGGUGUUUUAUUUCAGAAAUUGAACUUGAAUACAAAAUGUGCACCAAAUAGUAGAUAUGUAUAUAAAAGCUCAUCAGCAACUUAGUUCCUGUUUAUAGGGAUCGAGUUAAAAUAGAUUUUAUUAUCCCCCGCUGUUGUUUUGGCAUUGUCUGUUCUUCCGUCCGUCUUUCCGUCCUUCCGUCCAGAGCCAUAUCUAGGAAGUGAUUGGGGAUAUUUAAAUAAAACUUCAUAUACAUAUUCACCUCUAUGCGGAAAUGCGGCCUGGCGGGUUUCAGUCAGAUUGCCCAAGUAACACCAGAGUUAUGGCCCUUAGAAGUUUCUAGUGUUAACUUGUAAGGUUUCUAUAAAUAUGGCAAUUUCUGCUUCAUAACUUGUGACAUAUUUGACCUAGAACUAUGAAACUUAAAUUGAAUUUAGAUCACCAUAAUGUGGUAGUGCACAAACAGUUUCGUCAGGUUAUCUUUAGUAACUUGCCCUUUAAUUGUUUAAAAAUCACAUGUUUGUACAUAACAAACUAACCAAUCGGUAGAAUUUCUUUAAACGUCUUUCAUUUUUUUCCAUGAACAUUUAUUAUCAGCAUGUGAAGUUAUGUACCCACACCCUGUCACCCCCACUGCCCUGGUAUCCCCCUUCCCCCACCCCCGCAAUUUUUUAAUUUUUUUUAUUUUUAAAACCUUCCAUGAAUACGGUAUUUAUCAACAUGCAAAGUUGUGUACCCACACCUGGUCAUCCCCACUACCCUGGUCACACCACCCACCCCCUUCCACCAACAAUUUUUUUUUUUUCAUUUUCUAUUUUCUGUCAAUAUUUAUUAUCAACAUGUGAAGCAGUCACCCCACACCCCCAGCUCCAUCUUACCCCCCCCCACCCCCCAAAAAAAUUUUUUUUCAUUCUUUUUAGCUUUUAUGAUCACCCGUUGUCCGUCCACAGUUUCUUGUGAACACGAUAGAGACCAUCAGAUCUUUUGCAAUCAGUUUUAAUAAAACUUGCACACAACUUGUAUUGGCAUAAUAUUUCCAUUCCUUUUGAAAACUGGCCAGAUUCCAUCAUGGGUUCCAGAGUUAUGGCCCCUUAAAGGGCCAGAAUUUGCUAGUUUUGGCUUGUGAACAUGAUAGAGACCACAUUUUGUAAUCAACUUUAAUCAAACUUGCACAGAACUUGUAUUGGCAUAAUAUCUCAGUUCCUUUCGAAAACUGGCCAGAUCCCAUCAUGGGUUCCAGAGUUAUGGCCCCUUAAAGGGCCAAAAUUUGCUAGUUUUGGUUUGUGAACACUAUUAGGGACCACAUUUUGCAAUCAACUUUAAUCAAACUUGCACACAACUUGUAUUGGCAUACCGUAUAAGUACUUAUUUCUGCGGGCUUAAUAUUCUGCGAUUUUUUCAAAAAUGAGGUGGUAUUAAAUUCCUGCAUACCUUAUUUCUGCGGUGUCUUCCUUCUCAUGUUGAUUGUAUUUAUUUCUGCGUUUCUGUAUUCACCGGUUGUUUCAUUAAUUUCAAAUAGACAGGUACAUAUUUUGUUGUUAUUUUGACAGUUUUGUUGGCUUCCGGAAUGAAAAUAAAAGUUGACGAAUACUAACGUGACAUCGUCAUCAUCACAUAAUGUUGAGUGUUAAGGUAGUUCUGCAUGUUUGGAUCUAGAUUUUUUCUACAAUGUAUAAUUUGAUUAAACUGUGAUUUUUCAAAACUUCAGAAUAUACCUAGAAAAUUCAGCAAAUAAAAAAGAUAGGGUCAUGUGCUUGAUUUUUUGCUAGACUGAUUUGGACCUCACGCAAUAUUUCAUAAUGGGAGUCUAUGGGAAAAUCAUAACUUUCAUAACAUUUUCGCGAAUAAAAUUUUUUCUACAAUGUAGAUUUUGAUGAAACUUCUCACAGUUGUAAAUGAACACACAGACUAUAAUUUGGUGAAAUAAAAUGUAUAGGUCCGUGUGCUUAUUUUUAAGAUAUUUGACCACGAUUGAUAUGAACCGGACCUUUCACGGUAAUUUUAAGACAUUAUUUUGAUUAUUUUAAAUUGUCAUAUGUUUUAAUAUUAUAUUUUGACUUUAGAAAUAUAGCAACAGUGUCAUUGCAAUAAAUUUACUCAAAGGUCUCGGUGAAUUCCUGAAAUGAUUUUCAUUUCCGUACGCUGAAUCCAGGCUUUAUUCUACGUUUUCCAGAUAAAUGACGUUACGUCAUCACUUCCGGUGUAUCAAACAUGCAGAACUACCUUAAAUAAAAGCGCAAGAAAACAGUCAUUUUAUAUAUACAGUCAUGCCAAACAGACACGAAAAAUGCUUGAAUCUAUAUUUUGCAAACAUUCUCAUCUGUGCAUUGUAACGGUAUGAUAAUUUUUGUUAAUCACGCCUUUUUCAAGUCCCAUACAAAUAACGGUAAAUAUGACCAUAACCAGACGCAUUGGUUAACAAUAGACACAAAGGAUACAAUUGAUUGUGUUUGUCACAUAACUUAAGAAAACUGGCAGCUGACUGCUCAAUAGUGAAUGAAAAUCAAAACAAAUUUGAUGUUUUUAUUAUGUCUUUUUCUUCAACAGCAAAACAAUAAUAAAACAGUUCUAUUAUAUUACCGUUACUACUAAAUUUUUUAAACUUGCUUCGUCGGCCUUCGGCUACAUGUGGGACAAAAGCCGAUAACGCUCUCGGACAUUGUCUUAUACUUAACCGGAUUAUAAUGGCGGCUUGUAUCACCGUAUCACGGCAUGUCGGGACAAAAUUUUCUGCAGAUUUUAUAUCUGCGGUCUUGUUACUUACACAGUAAUAUCUCGGUUCCUUUCGAAAACUGGCCAGAUCCCAUCAUGGGUUCCAGAGUUAUGGCCCCUUAAAGGGCCAAAUUUGCUAUUUUGGCUUUUGCAGCCAUAUAGAGAAUUCAUUUAUGGUUUGAUUUGAUACAAACUUGGAUUCCGUGAUGAUUAUGUCAAAUCCAGUUGUAGGCUCCGGAGUUACGGCCCCUGAUUGACUCCUGAAAGAGCCAAAAUUUGUUAAUUUUUACCUAAAUGUGAACACAAUUGAAGUGAUAUUUUAUAUUUGAUUUUAACCACACUUACACACAACUUAAGUCACAAUAAGAUAUUGGUUCCUUUCGAAAACUGUCUAGAUUCCAUCAUGGGUUUUAGAGUUUAACUGCCCCUGAAAUGGGCAAAAUUUUCUAUUUUGGCCCUUUCAGCCAUAUAGAGGUUUCAUUUGUGCUUUGAUUUGAUACAAACUUGCACAGAAUGAUUAUCUUGAUGAUCUCUAGGCCUGGAUCGAAUCUGGGUCAUGUCGGGUCAAAAACUAGGUCAUCCGGUCAAAUCAAAGGAAAAGCUUGUUUACAACCUAGAGGCCACAUUUAUGACCCUAUCUUCAUGAAACUUGGUCAGAAUGUUUAUCUUGAUGAUUUCUAGGCCAAGUUUGAAACAACUGGGUCAUAUGGGGUCAAAAAUUAGGUCACCUGGUCAAAUCAAAGGAAAAGCUUGUUAACACUCUUGAGGCCACAUUUAUGACCCUAUCUUCAUGAAACUUGGUCAGAAGGUUUAUCUUGAUGAUUCCUAGGCCAAGUUAGAAACUGGGUCAUAUGGUGUCAAAAAACUAGGUCACCCAUUCAAAUCAAAGGAAAAGCUUGUUAACACUCUUGUUCAUUUGAUGUGCAUGAAACUUGGCCAGAAUGUUUGUCUGCAUGAAAACUCGGAUGAAUUUUUAUCAUGGUCAUGUGGGGUCAAAAACUAGGUCACUGGGUCAAAUCAAAGAAUAAGCUUUUUUACACCCUAGGGGGCACAAUUUUAAUUCUACCUUCAUAAAACUUGGUCAGAAUGUUUAUCAUGAAGUCUUUAAUGAUUUAAAAUCUGGAUCACGUAGGGUCAAAAACUAGGUCACAAGGUCAAAUCAAAGGAAAAGCUUUAUACACUCUAGAGGCCUUUUUUUUUGCUCCAAUCUUCCGGAAACUUUGUCAGAAUGUUUGUUUUCAUAAAAUCUUGGACAAGUUCGAAUCUGGGUCAUGUUGGUAAAAAACUAGGUCACUAGGUCAAAUCAAAGAAAAUGCUUGUUUACAGUCAAGAGGCAAUGUUUUUUGGCCAAAUCUUAAUGAAAAUUGGUCAGAAUAUUUGUCUCCAUGAAAUCACUAGGUGAAACAUGUUUACACUGUUAUGGUGUGUUACUCAGGUGAGUGACCUAGGGCCAUCUUGGCCCUCUUGUUUUAAUUUUUUUUUCAAACCUUCCAUGAAAAUUUAACAUGUGUGAAGUUCUAACCACACUAACCCCUACACCCAGCCACCACCCACGUUCCAGAUUUCUUACUUGAUUGUGCUCUCUUAAUGUACUUGUUAAACAGCGAUGCUUGGUGCCAAACACUCGAAUACAAUAUUUCGUUCUAGUUACAAUUCAAGCUCACAUUUCAAAUAACUCCAUAUAAUUCUAAAAGCUAAGCUUAAUACAGUAAACAUAUUCCAUUCAAAAUAAUUUCAUAAAUCAGGAUCAUCCUCGCAUAAUUUUUUAUGUACACUUGGAACAUUUGUUUUCUGUUAAAUUGAUCCUGACUUAUGAAAUUAUUUGCUUCUGAGUAACAUCCUCAACUUUUUGCCGGAUAUAUUUCUUUGCCAUUCCUCGCCACAAACCCAUUUGGUGGGGGAUACCAAUUCAUCGAAUUUGCUUGUUUUAUUUCAAAAUAAACACCAUUUUUAGUUCACCUGAGCACAAAGUGCUCAAGGUGAGCAUUUGUGAUUGCUCUGUGUCCGUCGUCUGUCGUCAACAAUGUGACUGUUAACACUCUAGAGGUCACAGUUUUGGCCUAAUCUUAAUUGAACUUGGUCAGAAUGUUACUCUCAAUAAAAUUUUGGACCAGUUCGAUAUUGCCUCAUCUGGGGUCAGAAACUAGGUCACCAGGUCAAAUCAAAGGAAAAGUUUGUUAACAUUCUAGAGGUCACAAUUUUGGCAUAAUCUUAAUGAAACUUGGUCAGAAUGUUAUCCUCAAUAAAAUCUUGGACGAGUUCGAUAUUGGGUCAUCUGGGAUCAAAAACUAGGUCACCAGGUCAAAUCAAAAGAAAAGCUUGUUAAUAUUGUAGAGGCCACAUUUAAGACUAUAUCUUCAUGAAACUUGGUCAGAAUGUAAAUCUUGUUGAUCUCAAGGUCAAGUUUGAAUCUGGGUCAUGUAGGGUCAAAAACUAGGUCACCAGGUCAGAUCAAAGGAAAAGCUAGUAAACACUGUAGAGGCCACAUUUAUGACCAUAUUAUCAUGAAACUUGGUCAGAAUGUUAAUCUUGAUGAUCUAUAGGUCAAGUUCAAAUCUGGAUCUGGUGGGGUCAAAAACUAGGUCACUAGGUCAAAUCAAAGGAAAAGCUUUUCAAACACUCUACAGGCUACAUUUAUGACUGUAUCUUCAUGAAACUUAGUCAGAAUGUUAAUCUUGAUGAUCUUUAGGUCAAGUUUGAAUCAGGGUCAUGUGGGGUCAAAAUCUAGGUCACCGGGUCAAAUCAAAGGAAAAGCUAUUUAACACUUCAGAGGCCACAUUUAUUACCAUAUCUUAAUGAAACUUGGUCAGAAUGUUAAUCUUGAUGAUCUUUAGGUCAAUAGGUCAGGUGAGCGAUACAGGGCCUUCAUGGCCCUCUUGUUUAAAGACGAGAACAUAAAAAAAUUAAUUUUCUUUAAGGGAAAUUAAAGUUCAAAUUUUAUUAUUUUGAUCCAUCAAAUAACAUGGCUGCCUGUCAUAAACUUAGAGGGGUUGGCCCCUUUUCCCUAUAUUAUGUAUAUACAAUGUAGAAGUUGCUGGCCCAGUUUUAAAAUAAUUUCACUCAGAUGUUCCUUGGAUGACUGUCAACCAAGAUUGUUCAAGUUGUAAUGAUUUGCAAAGAAAUUUAGCCACCAGACCUAAAUAAAGAAAAUCUACAAAAUUUGAAGUAAUUCCACAGAAAUGUUUUAUGGGACCCAAACCAAGUUUCCAUCUUUUUAGCUCACCUGAGCCCAAACUGCUCAUGGUGAGGUAUUGUGAUCACGCUGUGUCCUUCGUCCGUGCGUGCGUCAAGUCGUCCGUCAUCAACAUUUGUGUUUAAAUGACAUCUCCUCCAAAACCACUGAAUGGAUUUUGAUGAAACUUGGCCUUGAUGUUCUUGGGUGGUCCUCUACCAAAGUUGUUCAAACGGUUUCUCUUGGUUGCACAUAGGGGCUGCCAGAGCUAAAAAUAGAAAAUAAUUCAAAUGACAUCUCCUCCUAAACCGAUGGUCCAAUUUUGAAAUAAUUUCACACAAAUGGUCCUUAUGUCACCCUCUACCAAGAUUGUUCAAAUUACACCGAUUCGUAAAAAACAUGGCCGCUAGAGGGCGUGGUCACUUUUCUCUAUAUUUAUAUAGUGGAAACUUUAAAAAUCUUCUUGUAUGAAACUGCUUGCCCGAUUUUAGAAUAAUUUUACACAAAUGGUCCUUGUGUGACCCUCUACCAAGAUUGUUCAAAUUAUUUUGAUUUGUCAAAAAACAUGGCUGCCAGAGGUCAUGGUCACUUUUCCCUGUAUGUAUAUAGUGGAAACUUAAAAAUCAUCUUGUGUGAAACUGCUGGCCUGAUUUUAGAAUAAUUUUACAGAAAUGGUCCUUGUGUGACCCUCUGCCAAGAUUGUUAAAAUUAUUUUGAUUUGUCAAAAAACAUGGCCGCCAGAGGGCAUGGUCACUUUUCCCUAUAUGUAUAUAGUGGAAAAUUAAAAAAUCUUCUUGUGUGAAACUGCUGGUCCAAUUUUAAAAUAAUUUUACACAAAUGGUCCUUGUGUGACCCUCUACCAAGAUUGUUCAAAUUAUUUUGAUUCUUCAAUAAACAUGGCCACUAGAGGGCGUGGUUACUUUUCCCUGUAUGUACAUAAAAUUCUUUUUUAUGUGAAACGGCUGGCCCGAUUUUAAAAUAAUUUUUCACAAAUGGUUCUUGUGUGACCCUCUACCAAGAUUGUUCAGAUUAUUCCGAUUCGUCAAAAAACAUGGCUGCCAGGGGGCGCGGUCACUUUUGUUCUCUGAAUCAAUAAUAGCUAGAGCCUAGAUAUUUGGCGUGUGAUAUCAGAUUUGUAAUGUCUACCAUAAUUGUUCAAAUUAUUGCCCUAGGUUCAAAAGUGUGUGUGACAUGUAUAUAAUAUAGGCUAACAUAGAAGAAACCUAACUCUUAUUUACACAAACACACUUGAAGCCUUGUACACAGGUGAGCGCUUUUGGGUCAAUGACCCUCUUGUUCGAUUUGUCACAUAGCUGCAUCAGCUAAGAUUAGAAAAAUCUUUGAACAGUAUGCUCUCCUUAGUCCCUGGUCUGAUUUUGAAUAAUUUUAUAGAAAAUGUUCCUUGGGUGACCCUCUGCCAAGCUUGUUUGCCAGAGGAUGUGGUGACUUUUCCCUAUUUGUAUAUUGUAUGUUGAAACUUUUAAAAGACAAGAUGGUUUCAAGUUCUUCUGAUUCGUUAAAACACAGUCAGAAGACUUUGUCACUUUUCCCUACAUCUGUCACUUUUCCCUACAUCUGAAAUUCAAAAUUGAAACUUCAACUUGUUGGCCCAAUUUCAGAUUAAUUUACAAAAUAAUUAACUAAGUAAUCUUCUACUAAAAUUGUUAAGCCAUCUUUGUUAGUAAAAAAGCAUGACCCUUUGGCCAGGGCUAAUUUCAAAAUCUUACCCAAAGAAUCUGCUGGCCAUCUGUUAAAGUAAGUUGGCAUGUUUCUUCAACGACUUCUGAAAUUGUUACCUGUUUGAACUCUCAUGAGUCGUAUAGGGCCAUGGUGGCUGUCUGUUUCAAUUUUUAUAUUUAUAACAUUUUUAAAUGUACUCAUAUUACAUAUUAUUACAUGACUGUUUAUAAAUUGUUGGUCCUUAGUUCAAUUGUUCCAUAUGAGCGACUGAUAUCCAACACAUGUUUACUGGGGUAGUUAGUCAGAAAUUAGAAAAUAAAGCAAUAGAACAUUUGCUGAAUGGUUUGCCGGUCAAUAAUUGUAUAAUGUGUCGAAUCAAUUAGCAUUCAUCAUUUCCACUGAUAGCCUUAUGUUAACUACUUAUCAUUUUUCCUUAGAUAUAAGCUUAAAGGUGAAUUAAUAUGGUUAAGUAAGAAAAUUCUUAACUAUGAUAAAUUGCUAGGAUACAGACUCAACGCAAAGUUAAAUAAAAUCAUAAUGUCUUUAGCACUACUCUCAUCCAAGGGCACAGGCUUCUCAUGCACAAGAGUUUAAAAAUAUAUGUGAACAAUAAGCAAUUUUAUUGGCAUUUAAUUGUUAUAUUUAAAUUAUGUUCAGUCAUGUGACUUCGGUCCUAAAAUUCUACUGGUGUUUUGUAUAUGGGUCCUAUUCAUUGGAAUGCCAUACACAUGAUUCUAGCUCUGAAAUUGAGAACAUAGAUUUAUGACACCUUGUUGCUAUUUUAGGCAACUUCAGUUUGAUUUUUGUUCAGAGUUUUAGGAUGUUCUAAUUACACUUAUUUUGAAACUUUUUUUUUAUAUAUAUUUCAGUGUUUGGAUCUGUAUUGGUGAAUUUUUAGUCAUAUAAACUGUUAAAUUUCAAUGUUUCCCUUUGAGUUAAGACUUUUUCAGAAAGAAUGCAAGUUGUUGAAAGUUAUUAACUUGCAUAUACUUGGCUUAAAAUUAUGGGAGAUUUGGUUUAUUUAAACAGGAAAAUGGUAAUGCCAGUAUCAAGUUUAGAUUACAAGACAUUUCCUUGAUUUUCUGAUGUAUCAUUUGAUUUCACAAACAUUGUAAUUGUUAUGUAGUCAAUUCAUUGCAUUUAUAACACAUAAUUUACAUAAAUAUAUGCAGUUUGCUCUGAAAUUGUUAAUAGAGAUUUUAAUUGUUAUAAUAAAGAAGAUAAGAUCUA